AUGAGCUCUCUUGGUGUUGGUGUGAGUCCUGGUAAUGUCCCAGUUUACCAUGGCAGCAGAUUGAAGGUGAUUGACCGGCGAGUGAGGCUAACAGAGUUGAUCCUAAGGUGUUUGAUAUGUGGUCUGACUGUAAUUUCUGCUGCUCUUAUUGGGACUGAUUCUCAGGUCAGGGAGAUCUUCACUAUAAGGAAGCGGGCCAAGUUCACAGACAUGAAAGCCCUUGUUUUCUUGGUGAUAGCUAAUGGGUUGGCAGCUGGGUACUCGCUGAUCCAGGUUCUGAGGUGUGCUGUGAGUAUGGUUAAAGGGUCUGUUCUGUUUAACAAGCCCUUGGCCUGGGCCAUUUUCUCUGGUGAUCAGGUAAUGGCCUACUUGACUCUAUCGGCUGUGGCUGCUGCUGUGCAGUCGGGUAUCUUUUCUCAGUUCGGGCAACCUGAGCUACAAUGGAUGAAGACUUGUAAUUUGUAUGCAAAAUUUUGCAACCAAAUCGGAGAAGGUGUAGCCAGCUCAUUGCUAGCGGCUCUCUCAAUGGUAGUUCUCUCUGCUAUAUCGGCUUAUGGGCUGUUUCGUUUGUAUGGGGAAGGUAAAGAGAAGAGCAGCCUGGGAUGGUGA